AUGCUCGACAACCAAACCAACGUUAUCAAGGCCAGAGAGCUUUGGGACUUGGCCAGAACACCCGUUAAAACACCUGUGUUAAAAGAAAGACUACAUUUUUACCCGGAUGGGGACGAUGCAAAAUUUUUGUUAGACGGGUUUUGUUCAAGAUUUAAACUCAACUAUUGCGGUCCUAGAAUACCAGUAAUAUCCGAAAAUUUGUCUUCUGCACGACAGCAUAAAUCUUUAUUGUCGGCCAAGUUAUUUGAAGAGAAAUGUCUAGGUAGACUAAUGGGACCUUUUCCUUCCCCUCCUAUAUCAAAUUUUCGUAUAAAUCCUGUGGGCUUGGUUCCAAAAAAUUCUGGCGGUUGGAGACUUAUCACAAAUUUAUCACAUCCAAUUGGUAGCAGUGUGAACGAAUUCAUAAGUCCAGAAUAUAGCAAGGUCCAAUAUUUUCAAUUUGAUAAUGCAGUAAACAUGGUCCACAGACUUGGUACUGGUGCAUAUAUGGCUAAAGCAGACAUCAAGUCUGCCUUUAAUCUAUGCCCGGUUUGGCCGGGUGAUUCUGAACUUCUGGGUAUCAAAUCCGACGAAGGUUACUGGUUUCAAAAAACUUUACCACAAGGCGCGUCGUGCUCAUGUUUCAUAUUUGAAAAAUUUUCAAAAUUUAUUCAGUGGUCUGCUGAGCAGGAGUCAGGAUCGCGAAAUAUUGAUCACCUAUUGGAUGACUUUUUUAUUGUCGAAUCGUCUGUAAAUAAAUGCCUUCAUUCAAUGUCUAGUUUUGAUCACGUAUGUCGAGAACUUGGCGUUCCUCUAUGUGAAGAAAAAUGGGUCGGUCCUACACAAUGUCUUACAUAUUUAGGACUUGAUAUUGACUCUAAAAAUCAGACGAUUCGGGUUCCUAGUGAAAAAAUAAGAAAAGCUAUCAGUCGGCUACAACCUUUAGUUAAAAACCAAAAGAAAAUAACAUUGAAACAACUCCAGUCGGUGGUUGGACUAUUGAAUUUCAUUUCUAAGGCUAUACCGGCAGGUCGUGCAUUUUUACGCCGACUCUAUGAUGCCAUGGCAUAUGCUAAGAAACCCCAUCACUUUAUUAGAAUAUCAAGAAACAUGAGAAAUGACGCGACUACCUGGUUAGAAUUCCUUGAAAAAAUUAACGACACAUGUAUGUUUAGCGAAUUAGAUUGGUUACACGAUGAUACCCUUGAACUUUUUACCGACGUAACCUUGGCUGUGGGUGUUACUUCCAUGGGUCAUGGGCGGUUUUUAAAUGGCCAUCUCACUGGGAAAAGCAUGUCUUUAGGGAUAUAA